AUGAACCAAGUGCAGAGCAAUUUUUUCGCGCCAUUUUUGAAUGUUUUUAGUUCGACCCAAAAAACAAACGAAAAAAUACCACAACAUCAACCCUCUGCACCAAUUUUGAUAACGGAAGAAUUGGACAAGACUAAAAGUGCAUCAGGAAUAGAGGUAUUUCAUCAUAACAAACAAGUAGAAUUGUUGCAACAAGAACAACAUCAAGGAGAGGAAAUCAUGGAUCAACGAAAAGAAUUGACCAAGGAGAUUACGGUAAAUCAUCACCAUAUGGAAGAUGCACAAUUAUCACAAAAUUCAUUCUUUGUGGAGAAUGUUGAAGAUGCUUGUGAAAUUCCAGCCUCUCAAAUGGAACAAUUAAAGAGGAUGGAAAUACCAGGAUUUUCCAAUGAAGAAUCAAUGAUGGAAAUUCCGAUUCCUUCAACUCAACAACUUAAAGCACCAGAACCUUCGAAUAGUGUUUCUUCAAUUACUGUUACAGAGUUGGUAUCGACAUCGGUAACAUUGCAAAGUGAUAAUACCGAAGAGGAAUACACUCAAAGAAAUGAAUCACCAUCAUAUGUGAGAGUGAUAUCCACCCCACAUAAAAGAAGAACAAUUACUGGGAUACUGUCUCCAGAUCUUGAAAUUCCUUCGAGGAUACCCCAAAAAUUAGAAGUGACUCCUUCAAUAAUUCAAUCACAAGAAAUUACAAGUGACAAUGACAGUGAUGAUGCUAUGGAAGAUGCUCCAGAAAUAAUACCCUUCUCCUACAGAAGUGGCUCUGUAUUUUCCCCUUCAAGAUAUAAGAACAUGGCUCCUCCUAUAGUCUAUCUUCACAGUCAAAAUUUCCAUACUCAAAAGGCUCCAAGCACUCCUUUACAAUCCUCUUCAAUUAAUAAUAAUAAUACUUCUGCUGCCAAAGUUGCUUCAAAUCAGAACACAUUAGAGAUUAAAGAAACACCAGUAAAGGACAUUGACGAAUUUCAAGAUCUCAUAAAUCGAAGGAAUAAUAGAAUAGAAGAUGAAUCAUUUGAUUCCUCUGAGGAUGAAAAUGAAAAGUAUGAGGCCUACAUGAAUAGAUCACUAUUCAGAAAUCCUUUACAUUUGGAGGAGCAUGCCUUCAAGAAGCUUGAACAACGUGCAUUACCUCAUCAUAAAAAAAUUAUUCAAGCUAGGGAGAGAAGAAGACAGGAAGAGGAUCAAAGGUCAAGAACUAUUACAACUAUUGAGGUAGAAACUGAUAUUGAAAUAACACCAGACACCAUGCUGGAAAUACUGAAGGAUCCACCACUUGAAAGUAGAAAGAGACAAAUUAUUGAGGAAAAACCAAAAGAUAAUUUGAAAAAACAAAAAACCAAUCCUUCACAAUCCUCUCCAAACACCACAAGUAGUAGUGAAACAGUUACAAAAAAUCCUACACAAAAAGUCCUCUCCUCUUCAAGCACUACUACAAAAAUUCAGGAUUCUCCAAAACCUGUACAGACACAACCAAAACCACAAGAAUCUUCAAAAACAGUACUGCAGACACAACCAGUAUCACAAGCUCAAUUACAACAAUCAUCCAACCAAUCAACUAAACGAAUCGAAAAGAAACCAACUGAAAAACCUAGGAAAAAAGCAAAUUAUAGCAAUUGGUCUGCCUUUUUGUAA